CACAUAAAGUUCCCGUGUUCUCCUCCCCAACAUUCUACCUCCCUACCCAAAAAAGCAAGCACCCAUAUGGAUACGAUCAACUCCUUCAAAGGCUACGGUAAGGUAGAUCCACUCGAAGAGCAAGCAUUCCGCCGGAAAACACGCCGCCGUCUCAUUAUCAUCGUCGUGUCCUCUGUUCUACUAUUGGCCAUCAUCAUUGGUGCUGUGGUGGGAACUGUUGGAAGCAAGAGAAAUAAUUCUAACUACAACUCGGAGUCGCCCACUGAGUCCACUCCAUCCACAUCAAUUAAGACCGUUUGCAGCGUCACUCCGUACCCUGCCUCUUGCUUCUCCAGCAUUUCCUCUGUCGCUUCGUCGAACACGACCGACCCUGAAGUCAUCUUCAAGCUCGCUCUACGUGUCGCUGCCGAUGAGCUCUUGAGGGUCUCGGAUUAUCCACGCCAACUACAGGGGAAACUCGAUGAUACCCGAAUCAAGGCUGCUCUGGACGUCUGUGGAACCCUUAUUGACGAUGCGUUGGAUCGACUCAAUGAGUCGAUUUCUUCGAUGGAAGUCGGCGAGGGGGAGAAUCUGCUGUCGUCUGCGAAGAUAAACGAUUUGAGGACUUGGCUUAGUGCUUCCAUUACCGAUCAAGAAACCUGCUUUGAUGCCCUGGAGGAAUUAAAUGGUACAGAGCACUUUAACUCGUUGAUUCUAGACGAAAUGAGAACGGCGAUGCAGAAUUCCACCGAAUUUUCCAGUAAUAGUCUGGCAAUUAUCACGAAAAUUCUCAGCCUGCUGGCCAAUUUCAACAUCCCAAUUCACAGAAGGUUGCUUAGAGUCCGGGAAACAGAGUCUGAGUUUCCAGGUUGGGUUAGUCCUGGCGACAGGAGGUUGCUGCAGGAGAAAGCACCUUCCCCAGAUGUGACGGUGGCCCUUGACGGAUCCGGAACCUACACAAGCAUCAACGACGCAGUGGCAGCGGUGCCGAAGAAGAACAACACUAGAUUUGUUAUAUACGUGAAGGCAGGGACGUACAAGGAGACUGUGAUUCUGGACAAGAACAACUGGAAUGUGAUGAUGUACGGCGAUGGUCAAACCAAGACCAUCAUUCCGGCAGCCUGAAUUUCAUCGACGGGACCCCUACUUUUGCCACCGCUACUGUCGGUAAGUCCCCUGCCCCUGCUUAUUUAAUUUCAAGGAUCACCUAACUUUUUCCUAUUUAUAGUUAAUUAGAGUGUCUUUCGAUUAACUUUUGCAUACCUCGACAUUAAUUCCAUCUUAAGGUGCUUAAGAUAUCUCUUUGGAUCUAUACUGGUUAAUUGGUACUUUGAAGCAUGCAAUCAAGACCAUUUUUGUCUUGAAACAGGAAAGUUCACAUAGGUUAUGCAUGUCAACAUGUGAAAUUGUUUGAUGGUCCCAGCAUCUUUCCCCCU